GGGGCCGCUGCGGCCAGGCGCCUAGAGGGCGCGCGAGCAGCCCCGGGGGCAGCGAGUCCGCGAGUGGGGCUGACGCGUGCGCACGGCCGACCGCCCCGGUUCGGUUCCCCUGUUUCUGGGCCUGCGGCGCCGACUGGGCCGGGGGCAGCACGCGAUGGCCGUGGGCACGGGCACGUCGCUGGCGCUGUCCUCGCUCCUGUCGCUGCUGCUCUUCGCCGGGAUGCAGAUGUACAGCCGGCAGCUGGCGUCCACCGAGUGGCUCACCAUCCAGGGGGGCCUGCUGGGCUCCGGCCUGUUCGUCUUCUCGCUCACCGCCUUCAAUAAUCUGGAGAAUCUGGUUUUUGGCAAAGGAUUCCAAGCAAAGAUCUUCCCUGAGAAGAGCCAGGAUCGGGAAAUGAUAUUUGGGACAGAGCUGGUAGCGAGCACGUGCCCCCCCCCACCAUGUCCUGGCCAUCGUUCAGGGCAUCUGCAGUCGUCCUGCUCAUGUCGUGCCACAUUCCCCGACACAGGUUCCCCCAGCUCUUCUCUGCCUCCUGCUGGCUCUCCUUGCAUCUGGCCUCAUUCACCGAGUCUGCGUCACCACCUGAGAGGGAGAGAGCGAGAGCGUGAGCCGAGCAAGAGCAGGGGGAGCGGCCGAGGGAGAGGCCGGCUCCCCCCGCCCAGCAGGGAACGCGUGCGGCCUGGAUUCUGGGACCCUGGAAUCAUGACCUGAGCUAACGGCAGACGCUUCACUGACUGAGCCACCCAGACGUCCCAAAUGAACGCUUUCUGACACAAAAUGACAAUAUCCUACAAUCACGCCAGCAACGAGAUUAUUACGGGAUUUUUAGAAAGUUUUCCUUCACAGGGAGCUGCAGGCUCUCUUCUUACAAUGUAAGGUCCUGUGAUCAUGGGCGUCUCAGGUU